AUGAUGAUGUCAGACAUUGCUAAAGACAGAAUGACUCAUUCAGUAAGGAAAAGAGGGAGUGUGUCUUCUCUAAGUGGUCGUGAAUUCCGGCAGAAGGAACUUCAUGGGUACACCAAAAACUCCAGGAGUACUGUGUGUUAUACAGAUGAACCUAGCCAGGGUGACGAGGCCUCUCGCCUUACAGUUCAGAUGGAAAACACCUAUCAGUUGGGUCCCACCCAACAUUUUCCUGUGGUCAUUGUCAAUCAAAUCCUGAAAGAUGUGUUAACUAACUAUCUGCAAGAAGAGCAAUAUGAACCAGAACUCUGUAGACAGAUGGCUAAAACAAUUUCUGAGGUUAUUAAAACCCAGGUCAAGGACCUGAUGAUUCCACGGUACAAGCUAAUUGUAAUUGUUCACAUCGGACAACGGAAAAGUGAGAGCAUUCUUAUUGGAAGCAGGUGCCUCUGGGAUCCUAAAAGUGACACCUUUUCAUCUUCUGUUUUCAGAAAUUCUUCUCUCUUUGCUCUUGCAAGCGUCUAUGCAGUUUACUUCGAGUGACUGAAAAUAAAUCCGUUCUUACUUUUUAAAAUCAAAAUAGACCAUAUCUAUGUACACGAAAGCUUUACUGCCCAAAAGUUUGAGAAAGAAACAACACUAAUAUUUCAAACAAUUGGAAUUUUUGGACUUUUUUAUGCUCCUCUAAGAACUGAGGGAGGGAAGGGAGGCAAGGAAAGACUCUUGUUUAUCCAGAGGAGGAACUAAGUCUUGGUUCUGCUGGAUUGUUCCUCAUAAACAUGGAUUCUUACUUUUGGUACUAAUUAUUUUAAUUGCUCUUUGUAGCGAGAAUUAAAAUUCCCUGUGUUGUUUUU